AGUAACAGCAUCUCAAAACACAUCACGAACAGCAAACUCAAAACCAAAUCAGCAACGCGAUGCCACCCAAGCUCGGCCAAAUCGUCGAAACAAUCCUCUACACCUCCGACGCCCAGAAGCUCGCCUCAUGGUACACGUCUAUCUUCUCCCUAACCCCUUUCCUCUCCACGCCAACCGUAGUCGGUUUCUCACUUCCCAAUAACACGAUCUUGCUCCUCUUCUCUCGCUCUUCUACUACCGCCGACAAAGUCUUCCCCAGCGGAACGAUUCCCAAACAUGGAUGUGAGACGGGUUUAGGACAGCAUAUGGCGUUUGCGUGUAAAGACAGGGAGGAAGUGGAGGAGUGGGAAGCGUGGUUUGAGGAGAAUGGCGUCGAGGUGCUUGGGAAGAUGGAGUGGGAGAGGGGUGGGAGGAGUGUUUAUGUUAGGGAUUGGGAGGGGCAUGUUAUUAAAGUUACGACAAGGGGGGUUUGGGAGGUUUAUUGAGAGGGGGAAUAGGGGAGACUUGUCGAGAGUGGCAGUGGGUAAGAAUGAGAAAAUAGUUAGGUGGUUAUUAUUACCACUAUUGAGAUUAUUUGUUACUAAGAGCAUUGAGCAAUUCAAGUAAUUCCGUCG